UACAUUAGAUGAAUUAAAGAAGGCACAGCAGGAGGUGGAAAAUUCAGAAAAAGCUAAAAUGAAGAAAUAGUUCAUGUGAAUUCCAAGUCACAAUGUGUGGUAUUUGUUGUGUUGUUACUUUGUGUAGCCAACGUGCUAUCCCUGAUUUCCUUAGCGAAGACACACUCCACUGUCUGAGAAGAAGAGGACCAGACAGUAGCCAACAGUUGAUAAAAUCUGUGUCAGAUCUCUCCUACAAAUGUCUGUUUUCUGGCCAUGUACUUCACUUGAGGGGACUGGUGACUCCUCAGCCUCUAGAAGAUGCCAAUAACAAUGUUUUUCUUUGGAAUGGAGAAGUUUUCAAUGGAGUGCAUGUAGGAGAUCUAGACAAUGACACUCAAGUAAUGUUCCAUCAUCUCACGUCAUGCAGGAGUGAAGAGGACAUUUUGUCACUCUUUUCAUCACUCCAGGGUCCCUGGUCUUUUAUUUAUUACCAAGCAUCUAGACACAGUUUGUGGUUUGGUAGAGAUUAUUUUGGUCGUCGUAGUUUGCUUUGGCAGUUCAGUCCUGAGGCUGACAGUGCUUUCUGUCUCACAUCUGUAAGUGGUUUUUCUGAACUGGGCAACCAAUGGCAAGAGGUCCCAGCAUCUGGAAUUUUCAAAAUUGAUCUCAAAGCUUGUGCAACAACUAAAUCUUUGUCUUUAACAAUGUUUCCAUGGAAGUACUGGUACACAGAGAAAGCAGCAGAAGAAACAUUCAUUAAUGUUCUUGACCAAGUGUCAAAAGAUUUGCCAAGCCACAUACAUCUUGUGGUGAAUGAAUCAAAGCUGUGUCUCAGAGCACCAGUUAUCCCCUUAAAUACAGCAAUUUCUGAAGCUUCAGGUGAAUGUCCAGGCACUAAUAGUAACAACAUCAUCCAUGUGGUUUCUGUAGAAACCCUCCAAGGAUUUCUCACAGAGGAACACAAGAAAAAAUUGGUGUGUCAGUUUAUUGAUGUUUUAAAUGAAGCAGUCAAGAGACGAGUUUUAUGUCUCUUUAGAGAUCCAGAUCAGGAAACCAGAGAAGUUCCAAGCGUGUCUCAUAAGAAAGCACAUGUUGCAGUCCUCUUUUCUGGUGGCAUUGAUUCUAUGGUUAUUGCAGCCCUUGCUGAUAAACAUGUGCCUUUGGAGGAGCCAAUUGAUCUUCUCAACGUAGCUUUCAUGAUGAAAGAACAAGCUAAGCACGAGGGUACCACUAAAAGACCUCCCAACCAUGGAGUACAGCUUGAUUCGCUUUGUCCUCAAGAAACCUGCCAAGAUCUUCGUGCUAAAAGUGGUGCUCAUUUAUCUUGCUUUGAUGUUCCUGACAGAAUCACUGGUAGGGCAGGGCUGAAGGAAUUAGAAGCCAUUAACCCUUCAAGAACCUGGAACUUUGUGGAAAUUAAUGUGACACUAGAGGAACUGAAAAAGAUGAGAAAACAGCGCAUUAAUCACUUAAUCUAUCCGCUGGACACAGUCUUGGAUGACAGCAUUGGCUGUGCAAUUUGGUUUGCUUCCAGAGGGGAGGGUUUUAUUAGUAGCCAAGGAGAACUGAAACCAUAUAAAAGUCCUGCAAAGGUGGUGCUUACAGGAAUUGGAGCAGAUGAACAGCUUGCUGGGUAUUCUCGACAUCGUGUUUGCUUCAAGGAAUACGGCUUAGAGGGUCUGAAUAAAGAACUUGAAAUGGAGUUAGGUCGCAUUGCUUCCAGAAAUCUGGGUAGAGAUGACAGGAUUAUCGGUGAUCACGGAAAAGAAGCCAGGUUUCCUUUUCUUGAUGAAGAUGUUGUUUCAUUCCUCAAUUCUCUGCCUGUCUCAGAAAAAGCUGACUUGACUCUUCCUCGAGGAAUGGGUGAGAAACUGCUCCUGCGCCUUGCAGCCCACGAGUUGGGCCUCACAGCCUCCACUGUUCUGCCAAAAAGGGCCGUACAGUUUGGAUCUCGGAUUGCAAAACUGGAGAGCCACAGGGAAAAAGCAUCUGACACGUGCAGCAGGCUGAAGUUAUUUUCAGUAGGUGAAUUAUAGAACUACAUCUUGAGAUAUAUCUAGUCUGUUUGCAAAUGCAGUAAAUCUUUGGAGUUUUCUUAGGAUGUUUGGUCUGGUUUUUUUAUGCACUUGGACUUUAUUAUUAUUAAUCAUCAAGCUAAUACACGUAGGUGUGUACUUUUACUAGAGACUCACUAUGAAUUCAUCCCUGGAGGGAAGGGAAUACUGGGCUCUGGGGAAGAGAAAAUAGCCAGAAGUUGGCUUUCCCACCCUUCCUGAUAUCAGUGUUACCAAAAUGUUGAGUCUGUCCAAUUUGUCACAUAUAUUGAAUUCAGUACAUUGCUUCGUGGUAGAACAGGGCUAGUGCUGCAGCUGUGCUUUAGAAGGUUUGGGUUAUGGUUGUGGAAGGAAGGGCAUGGUGAGGAGCUGGCUUGGGUUGCCAGAGCCAAAAAAGAGCUGAGGGUCUGGGGUCUUGUCAGCUCUUGGGAGAUCCGCCCUCCAGGCAUCAUCAGAAAACAGACAUCACACACAUCCUCUGGGUGUUUUGGGGCCAUCCUGUACAACCUCCCAGAACUGUGGCCAGUUCUGCAGGGAUGGGUUGGUUGGCAGUCCCCAGCCUGGGGCUCCCUAUGUUCCCAGAGAAACUGGGAAGUUCCCUCCAGGCUCUUCUUAGUCCGUUGUUGACUCCCUAGCUUGUUCUGUCUCUUUUUAGCUUUAGCUCUGCCACUUUUGCUUUUAAUUGUGUCCUUCAAUGAAGAUCUCUUUUAAACAAAUCAAAAAAAGGUCUCCCUUGGAAAAAAAAUAAAAAAAGGCACUCUGGGUGGGUAUGUGGAUGCAACCAUGGGGUUGAAAUAGCAAUAUGAAUGGACUGCCUCUGAAGAAAAGCUUGAGUUAGCUUGUCUUUCUAAUUGUGUAUGGAAGGAUUGCAUUGUGAUUAGCUUUACUGAACUUCUGUAUAAAAAAAAGAGAAAUCUAAAA